GUUCAAAGCGUGGCAAAAUAAUCACGGAAGCACGCGUAACGAUCGACCGACGUCCCCGGUAUAUUGCAACCAAAAUCACGUUCCGAGCGUAAAGGGAGCAGAAAGAAGACAUGCCCACCUAAUGGCAGCGUCGGCAGUGCGGCCCUUCUACUUGCUUCGCCAUCUGCAACGCCACCGCUUCUCCUCCACCUCCACCACCACCAACGAAACCCCGCUUCAGCGCUCCAUCCGAUCCGCCAUCGAAUCCAGGGACUACCUACAAAUCCCCAACCUCCUCCACUCCAACCCUAACCCUAAUCCUAAUCCUAAUCCUUUCUCCUACCUCUCCCUUCUCCCCCCGACCCUCACCGCCCGCAUCGUCGGCGAACUCCUCCACUCCUUCCUUCCCCUUCGCCCUCGCUCCCUCCUUCUCCCGGCCUACUCCUCCCUCCUGUCGCUCUCCCUUCCAAAGCCUGGACAUAAUUUCCCUUCGUCCGUUUUCCUCCCCAUCGCCCUCGCCGUCCUCCAGGCCACCCUCCGCUCCGGCGCUCCCCCUCCUCGCGAGACCCGCCUUGCCCUCCCCCUCUCCUGGCUCCACCUCCGCCGUCACCGCCGCCGCUCCGCUGCCGGAAUCCUCUCCUCCCUCCACCCCCUCGGCUUCCGCCUCGACCUCAACACCCUCACUUACUUGCUCUCAUCUCUCUGCGCCGCCGGCGAGCCUGCUGAGGCCGUCGCCGUCCUCCGCGGCAUGCCCGUCGCCGGGAUCGACCCGGAAUCUGAGAGUUACUGCACGGUGAUCGAGGCGGCGGAUGAUGCGGCGGCGGCGGAGGCGCUGCUAAGCGAGAUGGUGGCGGAGAAGGGGAUGACGCCGAGGAAGGGGACGGUGGCGCGGGUAGCGAGGGCGAUGCGGGCGGAGGGGGAGGUAAGGAGGGCGGCGGAGAUGGUGAAGUUUCUGGAGGGGAAGGGGUGCGCGGUGGGGUUCGAAGCGUACGAGGCGGUGGCAGAGGGGUGCGUGGAGAGCGGGGAGAUGGUGCUGGCGGCGCGGGUGGUGGCGGAAAUGGCGCGUAGGGGAUUCGUGCCUUACGUCGGCGUGCGGCAGAGAGUGGUGGAGGGGCUGGCGGCGAUCGGUCAGGGGGAACUCGCCGGCGCCGUGAGGCAGAGACUGGCGGAAAUCGGGUCUUGAGGCCCUCGAGAGAGAAAGGAAAAGUAGCUAGCGCGGCACUUCGUUUAACGGUGGAUGUUAUCAUUCCGGAUAAGGCUGAAGAUUUGUGACACAAAAUCAUAGAAACAAGUUUGGCUUCGUAAAGGCAUAUUACAUGGUCGCAAGCAGCUGAAACAAUUCAUGUAAUAAUUUUCCUUUUUCCCCUCGGUAAUAAAGUAAUCAAAUUUUAAAGAGUAUGAAGUUAUAUAUGUUGAAGAGAAUAUAAGUUCCACUGAAAGAUGUGAAGAAACCUCAAGUUGUUAUCCAGGA